AUGACAGCGUCCAGAUACAGAUACAUGGAGAUUUGGUUGAAGGGUAUGCUAUGGGCAAAAAUAAACAGGGAAUUUGUAGAAGAAUGGAAAAGUAGUCUCGUGGGUAAGGAGAAGGAAGAUCCAGAAGAGGCCCUGGUUUUCUUCAUGAGGGCUGGUUGCAGGAAUAGUCCAAAAUGGGCGACCCUAUUUUGGGAAGGUGAUCAAAUGGUAAGUUGGCAAGCUAAUGAUGGGAUAAAGAGUGCAGUGGUAGGAUUGCUCAGCAGUGGACUUUCAGGGUAUUCUUUGAAUCAUAGUGAUAUUGGAGGCUACUGUUCAGUGAACUUACCAUUUUUUAAGUAUCAAAGGAGCGAAGAACUACUCUUGCGUUGGAUGGAGCUGAAUGCAUUCUCCGUUGUCUUCCGGACACAUGAAGGAAACAAACCAACUAGCAACAGCCAGUUCUACUCGAACAACGGUACUUUAUCGCAUUUCGCACGCUUUGCCAAGAUAUACAAAGCGUGGAAGUUUUACAGGAUCCAACUAGUUAAGGAAGCCUCCGAAAAGGGCCUACCUGUUUGUCGCCAUCUAUUCCCCCGCUAUUCAGAAGAUGAAUACGUGCAUACAUUAACAUAUCAGCAAUUUCUAGUAGGCACAGAGAUCCUAGUAGUGCCUGUUCUAGAUAAAGGCAAGGAAAUGGUUAGGGCUUAUGUUCCAGAAGUAGAGAACUGUUCAUGGAAAGCAUGUUUGGACAGGAAAACUAUAUUCCAAACAAGGUUCUAA